GUUGGUUGGGAGUUAACGAGCUCCCCAAAGAAAGAAAAGCCUCAUUUGAUUUGGAGCAAAGAAAGAAAUUUCUGUACUCAGCUCGUCGUCUUUUUGGAGAAGAUAGAGAUCGAGAGAUAGAUAUUGGCCGGCGGUGUGUUUGCCUUGCCUGCCUUCCGAUCGUUCUGCCAUGGCGGCCAAGAUUUGCUGCCCUAUUGAGAUGGAGCCCAAGACCUUGAGUGAAGGCCAACUCAAUCAUGCUAGGGAGUUGGCUGCAGAUGUUGUACUGAACUUGGAACCAGAGGAAGUAUCCACAAUAUUCACCAAGAAGGCUACUACACUUGUCUCGCCAAAUAUUGCUGCUGCCGGCGGCACAGUUGAUGGUCAGAUGAGGAAGAAGGAUGAAGCAGUUGCUGCUGCUGAUGAUGGUGCAGUAGCCGCCUGUCAAUGUUGUUGCAUUGAUCCCACCAACAGUUUUGGGGGAGGAUUGUCCCUUGACGAACUCAAGCUCAAGGAGCCACUUACUGCACCAUUUUGAUCUAUUAAUGGAGCUCCCUGCACUACUGCAUACCGCCCUUUGGAAUACACACACGAUCGACUAGCUUUGGAUUCUUGUAGAAAUAAAAAAUAAUGAUUGUUGAGAUCUUGGUAGAAGAAUGAUAUUCGAUUGACCAAAUUGUUUGUUAAUGACACUAAUUCUUUAGAUCAAUUGUCUUUGUUGUUGGCACAUUUGUUGAGAGCUUGUCC